CACACCGUUGGAAACUUCCUUAUUCCAGAAUGACCCCUCAUCUCCUCUCUCUCCUCCUCCUCCUCCUCCUCCAUUCAAAAUGAUGUAAACCUUUUCUUUUUUUCUUGUUAAAAAAAGAAAUGAUCAAUCAAACCACAGACAAUCCAAGAACUUGAGACUUGACUUCCAAGGCCCCAACACAGUGUCUUCUCUCGUCCUGCACCCUCUCCCUCUCCCUCUCCCUCUCCCUCUCCCUCUCCCUCUCCCUCUCUUUUUCUUCGCACAUUAGGAUUUUCAGACCCAUCAAGGGCUCUGUUUUCGUUCUUCAGAGUUCCUUUCCUUCACAGGUUGGUUCUCAUUUUCCAUCAUUCUUUGUUUUUAGGGUUCUUCUUGAGUAAUUUUCUUUCUACCCGCUUGUUUUUCUCUCGCAAAACUCAUAGCAUUAGUGAUUAGUAGUAGUCGUCUGCUGCCGUGAAGUCUUCUGCGGGAGUGUAAAUCAAUCUCUUGAUUUCAUGUCGUGCAUGUAAUCUGAUGUAUGAUUUAUCGAUUUUGAAUUUUUAUGUCGAGUUCCCUUAAUUGAUUGAUGCAUGCCCUUUUCUUGUGCAAACAUUAGAAGUCCCCAAAACCAGGGAGGAGAAAAAUCGUAGGGUACGAUCCCUAAACAUGUGUUCUGUUCUCCCCUGUUCUUGUUUGUUCUUGAGUUUGAUUUAUGAGGAUAAUGGCACAAUUUCUGGACGAAGAUUGGGUAAUUGCUGGAGAUGACUAUUGCAACUUGGUUGAUGAAGAUGAUCUUUCUCACAAGGAUGACUGUGGAUCUGAGGAGAAUUUUACACAAUCUUCAGACUUGGACUUUGAUGAUGAUGUCGAUCUUCCAGGAUUUCAGUCCGUAGCAGUUCAAUGGGUACCUGAGAACGAGGAUAUAUUUUUUGAAAAAAUUAAGCGAAGGGAGGACAUGACCAUUGAAGAUAUUGUAAGGGAACACAGCCUUCCUUUCCUGCCAGCUAAAUCUCUGGUUAGAUUCAGAUCUGUCUGCAAAAACUGGGAUGAGUGGAUAAGAAAUCCCUUUCUAGCCCACAAGCAAACAAACUGUUUCCGAAACUUUUCGGGUCUUUUUCGUCAGUCCACCGAUGGCUUCUGUUCCUUCAUCUCGCUCAAUCGAGCUGCAUAUGACGUUGCCUCGCCUGACCUCACGUUUUUGCCUGAAAGUGUUUAUAUAAGAAGCUCAUGCAGUGGCUUACUUUGUUGCCAAGGCCGAAGUGGAGAUCAUACCUACUACAUUUGCAACCCUGUGAACAUGGAGUGGAUAGCUCUUCCCCAGCCAAAUCUUUACCAUGGAUCCGAACCAGCUGUAGUGCUUGCCUUUGAUCCUUCCACUCUCAAUUUUGCCGCAGAUUACGAUCUGGUUUGUGCCAUCCCUCCAAUUGACUCUCCAAUACAUUGUUUUGAAAUAUACUCUUCGAGGACUGGCUCUUGGAGGGUUUCUGAUACAGUAUGCUGCGAGGAAGACGUGUUGAACUUGAACAGCUGUGGAUUCUACAUGAAGGGUGUUGCGUAUUGGGAAACUUUGUCGACGGGAAAAGUGCUGGCUUUUGAUAUGAAGCAUGAGCAUUACGGAGUUUUGGAACUUCCUGAUGGUGUUGGGACUUUGGCAGAGAUGCGCGGGGAAUUAUGUUACAUUCAGGCAUAUCCCAAUGCUCAAUAUUCGUGUGUUGUUGACAUAUAUGGGGUUGCCGAUUUGGGCUUGAACCAGAGGAUUGUUCUUCCUAAUGCUGUCAGGGAAACAUACGAGCAUUGCCGGGUUUUGCCCUGUAUUAAUUCCAAUAUUUUGGUGAUUCUUGCUGGGGGGAAGACUAUUGCAUAUUACGUCAAAGAUCAUAAAGUUGUGCAGCUAAGAAGCUAUGGGGAUUUGAGAGCAACGUACUGGCCAUAUGUGAACAGUCUCGUUCACAUCACAUCCGGUCCUGAAACCUGAAGAACACUUCUUGUUCUUGGUAUGGAAUCCCUUUGGAGCUUUUGGUAUUUGAACUGCAGUAGCCUGUAAAUUUUCUAUUUGGUGUGCCUAUGCCCUUCCCCUACGCACCUAUCUAACUUUACUUGUGUGUGAUGUUCUUUAGUUUUCCAAUGAGAUAUUGUUCAUUUUUAUUAAGAUAUAAUGCUCUAAUUUGAUGGACA